CGUUGGAUGCUGAUCCUCAAAAAUUGAAUUUCAGUCUUUAUUUUUCCCUCAAUGUAAAUUUCUCCCUAAAACGUUUCAAUGCUAAACAUUUUUAAGGUUCAAUAUCAAAGUCACAAUUCUACGCGGGAAUUCAAUAUAAUCAUGGCCGACGUCCAAUGACGAUCUGCCAAGAUCUAUUAAUACCUUAGAAAAUAAAUUCGAGAUAACAAAAGAAGUGCAAGGCCUCGAUUACGUCUGCCUAAACACAUUGAAAUUAACCAGUAGACGCCAAAAGGAAUAUUUACCUGUAUCAUUAAGAACUGUGGUCAAACAAGAUCUGAUGCAAUGAAACUCAAAACAAAAAAUGUAACACGAAACCACAAGUAUGCUAAACGAUACCAAUACCAAAAUCAAUAAUAAUUUGAUCGUGCAUCGAUCGAAGUUUUAAAAUCACAAAAAUAUUUUGUAUCGUACAAAAUAUCUUGCUCCACUUUUUGGUGAAAUUCCGAACGAUUAACAAUCCUUGUGGUAUCUAAUCUAGAAAGGUGAAUAAACCGGUUUACGGGGAACAGGUUAUAUGGUUAGAGCGGGGCACCAUGAAAUCGUGCUACGGCACUGUAGUGCAUGGAGGAUAUGGGUGGUGGGGGAAGCGAUCUCCACGAUGCACCGUAAGACGCAGUAAGCGUUCCCAAUGUACGAUGUUAGAAAGUCCAAGCGCCGCUUACGUAUAUGUAGUACGUGCGAUUGUAUGUAGGCGUAUCGUUGGUAGGAAGUUAACGUUAACGGACUAUAGCCACGAGUAUUUAUUGUAUACCGCGCGUAUGCCGUACGAAGACUCGUCCACGUGACUGCGACGCGCGCCUUCCUUUGUUUACCUCGUUGGCGCGAGCAAACAAAGGAUUUUUUAAAUUCAUAAGAGCGUACAAGAACAAUUAAUCUGUUGUUGUUAUCGUCGUGUGUCUUAUACGAAGUGAUACAUCAUGUUUUACCAUGUCUUGUCACCUCUUUACAUCCGUACGUGCAAAUCUUGAAGGAGAAUAAUAGCAGCAGCCGCUCUCUCACGCGCAUGCGCAGUGGCACCGAACUACCUAGAUACGUUCCUGACCUAAGCGCAACUGUACUUGGCACAUCAGCAAUAGUGGUGGUGGUGCACAGCUGAUACCACGUGUGUUCAGAACGUCGAGGUCCAGUGAAGUCUAAUGAGUCGUAGAGUUUCGUUGGGGAGUUCAGUCGCUUCGAUUUGACGUCACUUCCGUUUACGAUUUAUCAAUAAUUCGCCUGAUACGGCAAGAUUUCGAAUGAAAAGGAAGAAAGGAAAUAAAAGGAUGCAUGCGCGAUAGCUCAAUUUCAAUUAAAAAAAUAUAGUGUAUACGGUGCAGUGUGUAUAUACAUAUAUCUACAUAUGUAUAUUAUAAAGUAUUUAAGUGCAGUGAAAAAAAUUUUAAAAAAAACUAACAUGUGUGCUCUCGCGACAAGACAGCUUAUUGCUCAUAUGUAAAAAUACAUAGGAUUGGCUGCGCUUUCAAAACAUUAACCAACGUGAUUUUAACACCUGUCACUUUUUCGCAACUCCGAAAUCGCAAUAUCCAACACAAUGUUUCGCAUCGAACCUUCUUUCGGUUUUCUAUGAUAAAAUCUUCGAUAUGGUAAAAUGGCUUUGUGGAAAACUGCUUAAGAAUUUUUUUAUGAAAUUAUCAAUAAAUCAUCAAUCUGCUUUAAUUCUGAGCAACAGCUCAUUAAGCGAUACAACAACAUAUGCACUAACGACAACAACAGUAUCCAUUUGGUACUGGACAGUACAAAAACAAUAUUUUGUAAGAGCCACAAAAAAUUUUGGAAUUCUAUAUCGAUGAGAAUAAAAAGAUUUAUAAUAAUCAUCAAUUGAUUUUUCUAAUAAUACAAAUGACCAUAAUCGCCAUGCGAAGGCAUCACAGAUAGACUCGGAGUAGGGUAACUUGUACUGAUAACAAAUUCUACUCAAUGUCUCGUUAGUGUAUACACAGAAUUCGAGUGAUCCGGCACGUUAAUUCGUUCUGGAGUCAUUGGAAGAGAAAGUUAAAUAGUGGACUGAAAAAUUGAAAAUAAAGAUACGAUAGAAAUUAGGUAAAAAGAUGAAAAAUGUGAUGUAAGAAAAAAAAAGUGAGUGGUACGAAAAAAAAAAAUACAAAAUUGUAUAAAAAUAAAGAUUGUGAUAAUUAGAACAAAAAUUCUUGAUUCACAAACUCUGAUGGUAAACAAAUUUUUUUUGUACCUCGCGUAAAACACCUCGACAAAAUGUAUUGAGAACAAGAAAAUAUUGUAUUAUUGUUUUUGUACGUGUGUUUGCUUGUGUCUGUGCGUUGUGAUCGAUAUGCAAUAUCACCAACGCUGAUUAUCACAGAAGUCACAGAAACUCCUGGUCCUUUUACCGGGAUAAAGUAUCGGGUUCACUUGCAAAGGAGAGCGACGAACUCGACCGGCAGUCGCGUCAUGGACUGGUACAGAAAAAUGCGUCGGAAAAGAAGCCCAACGUUCCUCAACGACGAUCUGGAAAGUUACGUCGAGAGACAAGCGAGAUGGCGAAGCAUAUACGUAAUUUACUUCACAAUGUUUCUCAUGUCUUUGGGAUUCAGUAUAAUUUUGACUGGUGUCUGGCCAUACUUGGACAAGCUCGAUCCAACGGCGGGAAAAGAAUUUAUGGGGUACGUGGUAGCCGCGAAUCCACUUGGUCAAAUGCUGUUCUCGCCGCUGGUCGGAUGGUGGGGAAACAAAAGAGGAUCAGUCAGGCUGCCACUUCUACUAACACUUGCACUUUUCACAGUGGCAUCUGCAGCUUAUAGUACAUUAGAAAUAAUUCCGGGAGACCGGAAGACAGUAAUGAUUACUGCGAGAUUUUUCGUUGGAGUCAGUUCUGCUAAUAUCGCUGUAGCCCGAUCGUACCUUUCGGCGGCGACAAGACUUUCAGAAAGAACACAAGCCGUCUCUAUGGUGUCCCUUGCGCAGGUAUUAGGAUUCGUUGUUGGUCCAGGAUUACAGGCUGCUGUUACACCAUUGGGCGACAAAGGUUACAAACUUCUUGGACUUCCGUUUAACAUGUACACCAUGGCGGGUUGGAUAAACGUUGUGAUGGGAUUGUUCAAUUUUGUACUUUUUCUACCAUGGAAUUUUAAGGAGCGAAAGAUAGCGGCACGAGAGGCAAUGCGCGAUCAGGGUAAAGCGACGGACCAAAAAAUAUUAUUGAUUUCAAUAAUUGAUGUAUAUUUCCCUACUGUCACAGAGGAGGAGACUUGGAAAUCCAUGAAACCUGAUUAUUUAGCAUCCUGGACAUUAAUUUGUGCCUUUUUUGUCCUAGUCUUCAAUUUUGUGCUACUUGAAACACUGGGUACAUCGUUGACCAUGGAUCAGUUUGCUUGGUCGAAAACUGAAGCCCUGUAUUACAUGGGACUUUUAAUGAGCGUCGGUGCCAUUGUUGCUUGCAUCACAUUCGUAAUGAUCGGUCCGCUUUGCAAAAAAUUUUCCGAAAGAAAAAUAAUGCUAUGGGGUGGCUUUUUCUUCAUGAUAAUUGGCCGUGUCAUCUGCAUCCCAUGGGGUCCGGACCCACCUGUCAUCGCCGAAUUGGGACCUUUUGGAAACUGGACCACUGAUGGCAACGGCACAGAAAUACUUGGUUGUCCCAGUACUCAGGAAUGGUGUCGACACACACCGCAGAUGACGGUCACGCAAUUUAUGAUCGGUUAUGGAUUUACGACCAUCGGCUAUCCACUGGGUGUCACAUUGAUACAGACAAUAUUUAGUAAAGUCCUUGGGCCCAGACCACAGGGCGUAUGGAUGGGUCUUAUGACAGGUGCUGGAUGUGCUUCGAGGGUGAUGGGUCCCGUUUUCGUGGGACUUAUUUAUACCAGAUAUGGGACUUACCAUACUUUUGGCAUCACUGGUGUGAUGCUGGUCCUGGCUAUGAUUUGGAUGCAGAUUGUUGACAAGAGAUUAGUCCCACCGAAAUUCGCAGAGGCUUCCACGAACAAGGCCCAAACAGCUGGGACCGAAAAGGGCGACGUUGAAAUUCCGUUGGUGCAUCGGACGCCUGAUGCAGGUGAAAAGGAAGUUGAAAUGCGGAAAUUGAACGGCAGCACCGCUCAUGACAAAGUUUGACAGAAAUUAUGAUCGAUGAGUCUGAAAGAAAAAAGUAUGAUUUUGUAUGAUUUUUUUUAAUUAUACCACUAUUGUAAUUCUGAUUACGCAAUGUACGAAUGAGUAUCGAUUUUUGCCUUACUACCCGAAUGGUUUAACUUCGUUACAAUAUAACAUGGGGUUAAACGAUGACUGUCGGUAGACGCGUUAUAAUCAAGUAAGGUCGGUUUAUUUAUAAUUAUUGAUUAUUGCUCAAAACUAAGGCACGUUAUUGUCAGACUAGAGAUACGUAUGGACGAACGCUCGGUUACGUAAUUAAUUGCCGUAAUACUUAGAAAAAUUUGACGUAUUAUUAAAAAUAUUAAAUAUAUUUUGUUUACUGCAAUUGUAUGCAAUAAAAAGAAAGAUCAAUUAAUGUAAUAUACAAUAAAA